AUGCGUUCUGAUCACAGUGCACUUUCCACUGAAAGUUCCUCUGUCGUGAAUGAGCCCAUCCCGUCACAGCUAUCAGUCGCCUCAGACCACAGCUCGCUUUCCACCGAAAGUAUCUCCAAUAUGGAUGAGCUCAUCCCAUCAGAGCUAUCCACCACUACCCUGAGACGGUUUAACGUUUUCCUGGUGUUUAUUCCUCUAUCAUGGGCCAUUCAUUUCACUCUCCCUGAUCAACACACUCUGAUCUUCGUCUCAUCGUUUCUUGCUAUCAUAUCAUUGGAUAAGCUCCGGGCGUAUGCUACGGACGACCUCUCCAUACGAGUUGGCCAAACUUUAGCAGGUCUUCUCAAUGCUACAUUGGAAAAUGUUGUUGAACUCAUCGUCUCUCCCUCACAAAAUGCGAACUCAAUUGUUCAGUCCUCCUUCCUGGUACUCGGCAUGUGCUUCUUUGCAGGUGGCAUGCGCUUUUCAGAACAGGGUUUCGGACUUGGUACGAUGCAACUGAAUUCAUCGCUGCUUACCAUUAGCGCCAUUGCUAUUUUGCUGCCUGGCGCUUUCCACAUGGCAUUACAGGGCUAUCCUUCGUAUAGCGAGUUGUCAACAAAUUACAGCAUACUAAGGAUCAGCCAUGGUCUUGCCAUCAUUCUCCUUUUUAUCUACAGCUCGUAUUUAGUUGUUCAACUGUUUUCACACAAAGCCCUCUAUGACGGCAAUAAUGCGGACAUACAAAAGACGAAAGGCUACGAGGGACAUAAUCCGUGGCUACAGUUGAGACUCUACCGUCGUAAGGCUGCCAAACCUAUAGUAUCCCCUGAACCAAUGGAUGACGAAGAAGCUAUAAUCGAUACCACUGGGUUUGCAUCCACGGAGGACGCGGACUCCGAGGUAGAAACAUAUAUGAGCGUCCCUGUGGCCCUUGGGCUUCUGGUCGUUGUAACUGCAUUAAUAGCUGCUACCGCCGAGUUUCUCGUAGACUCCAUCAACGGCCUGAACGAAUCUCAGGUCAUCAGCAAAGAGUUUAUCGCCGUGAUCUUGCUGCCAAUAGUUGGCAAUGUCACUUCAGUUACAGCGGCCUUCAAGGGUCACAUAACCCUGAGCUUGGGUGUUGCUGUUGGGUCAAGUAUUCAAGUCGCACUCUUUGUUGCCCCGUUCAUCGUGACACUCGCUUGGACCAUGGGUAAACCAUUGACGUUCCUCUUCGACCCAUUGGAGUCCAUCGUGUUAUUCGUCUCUGUUCUCACCGUAAACUACGUCAUACAAGACGGCAAGUCAAAUUGGUUAGAGGGCAUGAUUCUCAUGGGCUUAUACUUGAUCUUGGCUGUCACAUUCUGGUUUUACCCUGGUACAUCGCUAUCUGAAAUGAUGUUUGUAGGGUGCUGA